AUGCAGACAAUCUCCACUGAUGGACACACAGCUGCAGCUCUAAUUCUGGCUAAUUUGGUGGCUGAACGAAUGCGAAAGCCUGAGACGACUCCCAAAAGACCCACUGACAGCGAGAGUUAUGAGCCUGGCUUUCUGCAAGAGCUCAAUGAUCCAAAGCUUGAGACACUGCGCGAGAUGGCAUGGUCUAUGGACCUCACCAACAUGCCUAAAGAGUUGCUACUUUUGGUUUUGCCCCUGCUUCUUCAUGUGGAUACCCAGAGCCCAACACCCGAAGAUAUACAUGCUCUCCAUUGGCUCACAUCGACUUCAACAAGAAAAGGCACCGUCAACAGGUGGAUUAAAAAAGAACCGGCUAAAGGCACUCUUGAGCGGGCCUUCCGGCCAUCCAACAAUUAUCAAGACUUCAAAGAAGCAUAUCAGUCCAGAGCUGCUAUUGCAAGAUAUAACGCACGUCGAUCAGAGCUACGGUACAAGCCUCUGGACUCUUAUGCUUAUCAAUUUGUGCAAACGUGUCACUGUACAGAAUGUCUCCAAAUAGUCCUCAAGCUCGACCUGAUUGACUUUCGACACUAUGGACAGAACGGCAAAAAUUUGCUUCAUGCUGCCAUUGAGGCAGGGCAUAAUCGAUCCAUCACAUUCAUACUUGACACAUUGAUGAACCUCGGGCUUGAUCCUAGACAUCUGCCAACUUCUAUUGAUGGAAUGUCAAUACCCCAUCAUGUGGCUCUACUGCAUGACCAGGGAUUAUUCAAAUCGGUUGCGAUCAGGCUAAAGCAGGCUGGGUAUGCCCUAUCGGUGUGGAACGACGACGGCCUGAAGCUGGAAUUGUGCAGCUUCGUCGAUGCCGAGACCGCCGAGUGGCUGCUGUCAGAAGGAUUCAACAUCACCAAGUUGCCCAGAAACACCCUUCCACCUUACCUACCCUCUGCGGAGCCAUCAGACGAAGGUAUAUCCAACGACGACUGGAACUAUGUAUUUGGCAACGACUGGAAUCACGAUGCAGAAUAUCGCGACCCGAUUAUUCGCACAGAACCAUUUGAGUACGACAAAUUCGAUCCCAAAUCAGUGCAACUCGAUGGAACCGCUGUAUCCCCCAUUGAGCUUCGUCCCACCUCGCGAACAAUCUGGCAUCGAGCAAUUGAAAACCCCCAAGGUCCUGAAAUCCUAGACUGGCUACUCGACCACUCCUAUACCCAGCCGUCGUGCAAAUCCGACUUCGACCGAGACAGCGGCGAAACGGCCCUAGUUCUCGCGGCCAAAGGAAACGAACCAGGAUGUAUCGACUGGCUAUGCCAAAACUGUGAUCCCAUGGCAGCCCAGUCUCGUGAUCCAACAGUCGAAGAUCCAAAUACGUUCGCCUAUGCGAUGAAAACAGCCGCCCACAGCGUGCAGCCCAGCUGUGCAGCGAUCCUAUAUGCGAUCUCGAACUAUGCGCCUGCGGAGCUGUUUAAGGAUCUCAUGCUUGUGAAGCAGAUGUAUUGGCUUGUCGUUAAGGCGUACCGGGAUGCGCGCCUGAAGCUGGAGGCGACUAUGGAUUCUGGCGCGAGUAGGAUGAAAUACUUGAAUCUGCUGAGGAAUAUCACUCGGAGUAAGGUGAAGGUUUUGAAUACGAGACUCCAGGUCAAUUGGAGGAGGUGGGGGAAGUCUGUACAUUUCAAGUGGAUAUUGCAGUGGUGCACACUGCACAACUAUACUUUUCUUUUGAGGGAUUUGAAGUCUGGGAUUUCUUUCGAUCUCAAGGCGUGGGACAUGGAUUCGAUAGAGUAUAUAGAGUCGGACGGGGAGGGGCCCCCAUAUUUGUAG